UCCCGUCUCUGUGGUACGGCUCGCUCGGCUCUCUAGGCCUCGUCUAUCUCUGUGGUGACGGUGGCCGAGCUGGCCGGCCCAUCUGAAAAGAGUGGCGGGAGUUGCGCCACUUCUUCCCCAGUUUUCCGGGAGCUGCGUCCUGGCCCGGCGCAAAGGUGUUUCGUGACCCCGCGGGAGCGGGUGUUGGCCCCUGGAGCAUCCCUCGGAGCCGAAUGCGCCGUGGACCAUGCCCCUCCUAACCCAGCAGAUCCCAGAUGAGAAUGAUUACAGCUUAGUGGCCAACCUUGACAACGUCAGGAAUCUCUCCACUAUCUUGAAGGCCAUUCAUUUCCGAGAACAUGCCACGUGUUUCGCUACUAAAAAUGGAAUCAAGGUUACAGUGGAAAACGCAAAGUGUGUGCAAGCAAAUGCUUUUAUUCAGGCUGGAAUAUUUCAAGAGUUUCGAGUUCAAGAAGAGUCUGUUACUUUUCGAAUUAAUUUAACUGUCCUUUUAGACUGUUUAUCUAUUUUUGGAUCAAACCCUAUGCCAGGGACUUUAACUGCACUUAGGAUGUGUUACCAAGGUUACGGUUACCCUUUGAUGCUAUUUCUGGAAGAAGGAGGAGUGGUGACAGUCUGUAAAAUCAACACUCAGGAGCCCGAGGAGACUCUGGAUUUUGAUUUCUGCAGCACCAAUGUCAUUAAUAAAAUUAUUCUGCAGUCAGAGGGACUCCGUGAAGCAUUUUCCGAAUUGGAUAUGACAAGUGAGGUCCUACAGAUCACCAUGUCUCCAGAUAAACCUUAUUUCAGGUUAUCUACUUUUGGGAAUGCAGGAAGCUCCCACCUUGACUAUCCCAAAGAUUCUGAUUUGAUGGAAUCAUUUCACUGUAAUCAGACCCAGGUCAACAGAUACAAGAUUUCUUUACUGAAACCCUCUACAAAGGCAUUAGUCCUAUCUUGUAAGGUAUCUAUUCGAACAGAUAACCGAGGAUUCCUCUCAUUACAGUAUAUGAUUAGAAAUGAAGAUGGACAAAUAUGUUUUGUAGAAUAUUACUGCUGUCCUGAUGAAGAAGUUCCUGAAUCUUAGUCUUAAGUAUGGCAAGCCACUGUGCUAUUUAUGUACACAUUCAUGAUUGGUCAUGUUCUCAUUCUGAGUGCAGCACUCUUUGUGAUUUCUUAUUGGAUUUUCUAAGGGGAAGAAGCAUGGAAGAGAUAGGAGCUAAGUUCCUGCCCCCUAAUAGUUGCUGUAUAUUUUAUAAGUAAUGUUUUCAUGUAGUCAGAUUAUCCAGUACUGGACUAGCCUGUGGUUCUGUCUUUUGAACUCAUGGGAAUCGUUAUGAGCCAAGAUGAGUAAGUUUUAUGUUUUAUUCUACUUAAGCAGGACAUUCCAAGAGUCUAAAACUUUAAAGUUUGAUGAAGCCAUAUCUGAAAUGUUCUUUUAUUUAUUUACUGUUAGAAAAAGCAAUGGCAUACGGGCAUCCCUCCCUAGUUGGAAUUCUGGAGAAUCUGUCUUAAAGCAGUGGUUCUCAGAGUGUUGUGCCUAGAUCACCUGGAAACUUCUCAGUAACUCUGGGGGUGGGCCAGCAAUCUGCAGUUUAAAAAGCUUCCCCCCAGGAGAUUCUGAUAAGUGCUCAAGUUUGAGAACCACUGUUUUAAAGGAUACUUUUUAAAAAAUAGUCUUUAAUUGCAUUGAAGUGACUGCUUUUAACUGUGAUUUCUUCACAAAUGUUCUGAAGUUUAGGCUUCGUCAAACAAGUCUGAAUAAAUUAUUCAGAUUAAUUAAGUCUUAAUUAAUUAAGUCUGAAUAAAUUAUUAUGAUUUAUUUUUCAAGUGUACAUUUUGAAGACAUCUGUGAACAGGCUAUAAAACAGUCUUCAGAGUUACAGAUUUUCAUCUUGUUCUGAAAACUGUUUAGUGUAGUAAGUACUUAUUAGAUACCUUCUAUUUGCCUAUAAGAGUUUCUCAGUCAAACCAAGGUGUACAAAACCAUGUAUUAAGUGAUUUUAUACUUUCUUAGGUAGUUUUCAAUGAAAUAAUUUUUGUGCUAUGUAGGUUAAGAGAAUAUAACACUAAAUUAUCUAACUUGUUUUCUAUUAGAAAAAGUAUAUAACUAAAAUGAAGUUUCUGCACCAUGCGACAGCAGCUCAGUGUCUCUCAGUGGCCAGGCACUUUUGGCCUUCGGAGAGUAUUUCAGCAAAGCACUUCAGGGAAAAGCUCCUCCAGAACAUUAUGUAGGCACUGCUCCCAGGCACGUGUACAAUUUGUGCAAUUCUGGGUGUCUAGUCCAGGGUGAGUACCUGAUAACUAAUAAAUCUUCCAGGCAAUCUCAGGGUGCCCAGCUGGUACAAAAGAAGUUGGAGUUUUGUAAAGUAUAGUAUAUGUUUGAGAAGGAAAUGAUUAAAUCUACUAAAUGUCCAAAUAUUUUUUUGUCUGGAUAAACACAAGAUCAAAACAAGUCUAAAACAUAAUUAUGAAAAUACUGAAUCAGUGAACAUUUCAAGGACUACAGUUUUCCUUUAAAUUUAAAAUAGGGCGGUUGUUUUUUUCUUCAUUGGCAUGUCUAGAACCUAGGAUGCAAUAAUAUUUGUUAGGUGAAAGAACCUCCACUUUCAGAUUAUUAGUCACUAUUUAAUUCCAUUAUUUAGGUUUGAAUUUAUUUUGACCUAAUGUAUUUUUUUUCAAGUUGAACCUAUAAAGAAUUUAAAACAUGUAUCGACUUAAUAAGACUUUUUUGCACAUUUAAGACUAUUAUUUUAGCCGCACGUAUCUUGAGUUAUUUAGAAUUCAGAAACUAAUGAAUUUAAUUCUUUCUAAAUCACCCUGACAUCAAGGUGUGACUUAAUAAAGAAUUUUCUUUUUAUGCGUGCUCUAUUUGUCUAGUUUAACUUUGUUCAAGUUCCUAUGAAAGACCACUAGGGGGAGCAGUUCCUCAGGCAGAGCAGGAUGCUUUGGUGUCUACAAAUUCAGUUCAUGUGUCACGUAUAGAAGACUAUGAUCUUAUUUUUAAGAUUAUCUUUGCCUUUUUGAAGUUUAUCUCAUAUUCUUUCCAGUAAAAUUGUGCUUACCAGGAAUAGGUAGGUAAUAUUUUUUCCGUUUUUUAAUUCGUUUAUUCCCUACUUGAUGAUGAUGUGUUUCCACCUAGAAUGAAUGAUUCAAAACAAUAAAAAUAAAAUGAUUUGUUAAAUUCUAUUGUUCUAAUAAAAAUAAGUCUUGUAACAUAAUCAUUUUUACAAGAAGCCACAGGAUUUCUGUGGUGCUAUCGAGUAGUCCUGCUAAGAAUUAGUUACAGUUGCUGAAAGGGCAGCAUUUGGCGUUCCCUAUAGCUUAGAGUGAGGGGUUUUCAGAACAGUGUAGACUCCCUGCUCCCCUUCCUGUCUUCACACUGCUGGCCCUUGUCCCCACGUGAAACAAAAGCUGUUGGGUCCUGAGAAAUGAGGGAAAUUGUAUAGUAUUUUCUCUUUUCCCAAGUAUGUACUAGUAGUGUUUUUAUACAUGUGUCAGGUUACGUGCACCCCUGCGGCAGGCAGUUGGCAGCUCUACCGUGGAUUUCUCACUCCAGCAGUGGACAGCUCGUGCUCUAAUCAGAAAUGCCACAGGCGGCUGUUACAGGUGUUUCUGGCAUCCAUAUCUUAGUCACGGCCAGAAGUUUUGGUAAUUAGCAGAGAAAAUGUUUGAAGUAGGUUUUCUUUUGGAAAUUAAUAGCUCAUUGAUCAGUAUAAUAGCUAAUAGUAGUGGCUCUCAUUGGUAAAACUAGAGGUAUUCAGGAUAUGUGAACUAAAUUAUUUCAGAGUAGUUCCCCAUCCUUGCAUGGAAAGGAUACAAGAAUCUAGUGAGGCCUGUAGCCUGUACCCUUAGGCCUGGUGUAUAAGGCUUGACCCUCCUAAAUGGUCUUACUUCCUGCCAUUUUGUCCAAAGAUUGCCGGUUGCUUGUUGCUGAAUGGAUUAGGACAAUCCCUCCUCUGGAAUAUUGUCAGGUUUGCCUUAAGUGGACCUUUCAUGGAAAGUGGUGGGUAAACUGCCGAAACAGAGAAGUAAGGCUUCACUGAGCUUAUGAAACAGGUUGCAUAAACUCUUUGCAUGCUUGCUAAUGAACGUUUAUUAAAAUUUGUAUGUGGGACAGUUGAUCUGGGCUUGAUUUUUUUUUUAACUACCUUCUUAUCUACCUCAAAUUUCAGUGGCCAGUAGCUAAUUUAAAAGAAUGUAAAAGUUGUAUAUGACCUUAUUGACUAGGUCAGCUAGAAACAUCAGGUGUUUGAUUGGACUGUUAUCCAGAUUGCUGCUUCCCACUGAAUGAGUUUAGAAAGUAGUUUAGUUCUCAUCUACAGUCUGCCACGAGUGAAACUUCGUAGUAAGUUGUGUUGUGCUGAACAUUUCCAAUGUAGUUUCUUAAAACUUAGGGAUUUCACAAAAUAGUAAAAUUUUAAAACUUUUGGAACCAAAAUAGGUGACAACUUUCUAUUUUGUCAGAUAUGAGGAUAUUAAAACUAUAACUAACAUUCAUUAUUACUACCAUUUCAUAAAACAUUUUAAAGUCAAAAUCUCAGAGAGUGGACAGUUAGCAAUUUUAUACUGUCAAUAAAGAAAAACUGGAAAUAUUAAAAAUAAUUUCAAAUGAAACAAGAGGGUUACACCAUAACAUUUUAUUUUACAGUGCUAUACUUUGUGCUCUUGUUUUCUGUAUAUAGGUUUGUCAGUUUGGAGAUGUUAAGAUUUUGGAGUCUCACAAAAUAGUAAAAUUUUAAUUUAGUGCCACCCAAAAAUGGAGUCUGAAUGGCCACUUCUUUCUGAUACUUCGUUUUUAUCACAGUUAAUGUUGA